AAAAGUUACAAUAUAUCAUUUCGUGUUUGUUCCGUCGUACAAAUCGGGGAUCAAAUUGAAACGGACACUCAAAAGAAACUUGCACAAAUAAAAUGGAUGUCAAGAAUCUUAAAUCAACAAAUUUAACACCAGAUGAAAAACAAAAGGCACCACUCAUUGAUUUGGAAGCUAUCAGCAAAUAUUUGUCGAUGUGUCCUUCGCAGUUGCCAAACUUGGAGGAACCCAACUCAAAUCAAAAGUCCAAAGACAACAAUCAACAGAUGUACGAAGACUUUCUGUCGACGUGCAAAUUCAUUUACGCCAACACGGACAAAAUCCUUAACUACGUCAAGUCCAACGAGGCCCCUAAAAUUAAAAAACUGAAAAACAAAAAGCUGGGAAGAAAAAUCACAUCAAAAAACGACAACCAGUUAAGACACGUCGACGGGAAGCCCUACAAGUGCAACGAGUGCAACAAAUCCUUCACGUUCAGGGGCGACCUGAGCAAACAUUUAAUUUCGGUCCACCAGGCUAAAUCGCUUCCCUAUUGUUGUAUGUUUUGCGGUGGGGUGUUCAUAAGGUCCGAUUAUCUGAAAAAACACCAGAUCCGGUGCAAAUUAAAGAUGGAGAGGAACAAAAAUAAAUAUUUACUUUGAAUGUUGUGUUUAAUAUAUUUUUAGUUAUUUGAA